AUGUUCUCGAGGACGAUCGCACUUAGAGCCGGGCCGGCAGCGUUAGCUGCUCCUUGCCGGAGCUGCAGCAAGACCUUCGGUAUGCCUCUCAGAGCCAAGAUUAUCGGCGCGGAGGCCUCUUCACGCGCACAAAUGUCGACCAAGAUUCCGAAAGAGUUCAAGGAGCAGCGCCACGAUGACCCUGACGAUGUCAUGUUCAACAGCCUUUACGGUCUGAGGACCAUUGAGCUCAACCGCCCGAAGAAGCUGAACUCUCUGAACGGGAGCAUGAUUCGAAAAAUUCUGCCGAGAUUGGUCGAGUGGGAAAAGUCGGACCUGGCAAACGUGGUGGUCAUGAAGGGAUCAGGCGAAAAGGCCUUCUGCGCCGGUGGGGACGUCGCUGCACUGGCAAAGUACAACCAGGACCAGGAUGGAUGGAAGGAGAGUGCAAAAUACUUCGAACUCGAGUACAAGCUGGAUCACUACAUUGCGACCUAUAACAAGCCCUAUGUGGCCUUCAUGGACGGUAUCACGAUGGGUGGCGGUGUUGGAUUGAGCAUUCACGCGCCGUUCCGUGUCGCCACUGAGCGCACACUCUUCGCCAUGCCCGAGACCACGAUUGGUUUCUUCCCCGACGUUGGUGCCUCAUUCUUCCUGCCCCGAAUGGCUGGCUCUAUCGGCACGUACCUCGCCCUGACGAGCGAGAGGCUCAAGGGCGCCAACGUCUACUACUCCGGAGUGGCUACCCACUACCUGCACUCGACUUCUCUGCCACAGGUAGAGUCCCGUCUUGCCGAGAUCCGAUUCCGCGACCACGACUCACUGGAGAAGCGCCUUCAAAUCAUCAACCAAACCCUCGAGGAGUAUGCUACUGGUCUUCCUCACGAUGAGCCCAUCCUUCUUGGUGGCGAGCUGCGCAAGGCCAUCGACCGUUGCUUUAGCCAGAGCAACCUCGGCGCCAUCAUCGAGGCUCUUCGGGCUGAAGAGGGUGCAACGAAGCGCUGGGCCAGGAAGACAAUCGAGACGCUGCACAAGCGGUCGCCGACCGCUGUCAACGUCGCGCUGAGACAGAUGCGCAUCGGUAGCAGUUGGUCAAUCGCCGAGACUUUCCAGCGCGAGCACAAGAUUGCAACCAGGUUCAUGCAGCACGGCGACUUCACCGAGGGCGUGACGGCGUUGCUAGUUGAGAAGAGGGCCCCGGUAUGGAACCCCGCUACACUGGAGGAAAUCACGCCUGAAAUGAACGUUACGGAGCCCUUCUUCCAGAGCGACGGAGACGACAUGGAGCUGCUGAACGAUCGGGACUACCAGGAGUACCCGUACACAUACUUUGCUCUGCCGACCGAGGCCGAGGUACGAAGUGUCGUGCUCGAGGGCCAGCACACGCCCAAGGAGGUCGUGAAGAGGAUCGCCGCCUUGAAGAACAAUCGCCAGGGCGCUGCGGAGGUAGUCAAAGAGAUUGUGGAGCGCAAAGUCAUCGCGAACGAGGAUGGCCGCUCAGUCUGGGUCGACGAAAGCCAAUAG